CGUCCGGCCGAGGAGCAGCCGACAGUCUCUAGGUGAUAAAAAGAAGGAAUCGGAAGAAGAUAUGACAAUGGCGACGUUUUCUCCCUCAUCGACCCUGCCACUCCAGUCCUACAACAACAACGAGCCCUUUCUCUCUCUACGAACUCCGCUUCACCGCUCUAAGCUUCAGUUUGUCAGUGUCACCACCGGCACCUCAAGCUCUCUCUGCUUUAGUCCUCUCAGAACUUCGAUUAGUGAUGAAAGAGUACUGAGAAUGGAAAAGAAGAAGAAUAGGAGAGGAUUCAGUGCGGUUUGUUACGCUGCACCUCUCACUGCUCGCAACCUCCAGUGGAUCUCUACAAUUUCUUCUGUGGUGUUAAUGCUAUCAAAGGGCACUGCCGUAAAAAAAUCCUUUAUCGUCCCAUUAUUUGCUCUACAAGCACCUGCCAGCAUCAUAUCCUGGAUUAGGGGUGAAUAUGGUAUGUGGAGUGCAUUCUUGGCACUUCUUGUUCGGCUCUUCUUCUUCAUUCCUGGUGAACUUGAGUUGCCACUUACAGCACUACUUCUGUUGAUUGUGGCACCUUAUCAAGUUAUCAACCUAAGGGGUACCCAAGAAGGUGCUAUUAUUUCCUUGAUGAUAACAGCGUAUUUAGCCUACCAGCACUUUUCUGGCGCAGGCAGCUUGCAGAGAGCAUUUGACCGAGGUUCAGUUGUCGCCACCUUAGCCGUCAUCAUUUGUAUCACUGCUGUCUCAUGCUUGCUCUUGAUCUAGUUUUAUAAAAAUUAAAUAAAGUUGUUGAGAGCUAUGAAUCUUAAGUAAAUUACCGAAACUAUUACGUUAUGAAAUAAAGAAUCAAUCAGGACUUAAAUGUUGUUUCCUCUUACCUAACCUAUGAGUAUUAUUUGAUUUCUCUUGGAUGGACAUAAUUAACCAUCUAAAACUUGUCUUCACUUUUAUAUAUUCUGUAGAUAUGUUAAUGACUUAA